AACAGACCCUGUGCCCCUCGUCCCUGUCAAGUGCAUCUCGGGGGCCCUGUUCUGUUGUUUGGAAAUAUGGCAAUGAGCCGCUAUGGAGUGGUCUAUUCUUGCUUCCAACGGGACCCCUAGCCUAUCCUCUAUCUGUACAUUGGAUGGCAGUAGAGGUCUUCUCUCAGACUUUACCAGGGCGUGUCCUUCUCGGCACCCUGACGCCGUUGGUGCCACCUGACUGCUGGUUCCCCGUUUGGAAAUGAGCAACAGAAUCGAUCAGGUUGUGUUUAAAUUAAAAGCCACGGUACUCCACAACAAUGCCUUCGAUUCAAAGCUUUACGAUGACCAUCGACGCUCUGAAUGAGCACGGCACGUUUUCAGAAAGGGACACUAUUACUGGAAAACUAACGCUGGUCUUGAUAAAGGAGACAACAGUUGAAAGCCUGUCUGUCAAAGCGAAGGGAGACGCUGAAGUGCGUUGGACGAGAAGGCACGGCGAUCGCACUUAUACGUAUUCCGCCAGCAAGAGAUAUUUCAAACUGAAGGACUUCUUAAUCCCAGAGCAGUCGAAGGACACAGUUGUUCCCCAAGGAACCCAUGUCUACAAAUUCAACUUUCACAUACCCCCUGGAAAUUUCCCAUCAUCAUUCAGGGGAACUCAUGGAAAAAUUGUCUACAAGCUGGAAGCCAAACUGGCUAGGAGUUGGAGAAUGGACCGAACAUUGGAGAGAGAGAUCAGGUUUGCCUCCAGAUCCUUUCCAAACCUUCAGUCUUUAAUGUUUCAGCAAGUUGGUUCAACACACAAAGAGAUGGGCCUUUUCAGUUCAGGAAAUGUGCAGCUGGAGGCCACUAUUGAAAAGGGGGCUUUCUCUGCAGGUGAUACGGUGAUGAUCACUGCAAAAGUCAACAAUUCAUCUUCAAGUGAGAUGACACCCAAAUUCAGUCUAGUCCAGGAUAUUGUGUACCGUGCCAGUGGAGGUACCAGAAGAAAUGAAAGCAACACUGUUGUGAAAAUGUUCGACAGCGCCAUUAAAGCCAGAACUCAGAGGGAGGUUAGGUGUGCCAUGAGGCUCCCAGAGGAUAUGACGCUGUCUAUCCAGAACUGUGAAAUUAUCUCUGUGGAGUACCAAUUGAGGGUGUACCUGGACAUCAGCUUUGCCUUUGACCCAGAGAUUGUGUUCCCGAUAAUCAUAUGCCCCCCUGGCUUAGGUUCAGCCGUGCAUCCUGGUGUGUCUGCACGUACCUCUCCAGUUAGGGCUUAUGGUGGCUCAAGCAACAGCAACUCUCCAUCCCAUGCAGUGCCUUAUGGUCCCUAUCCUCCAUCUCCACAGUCAGGUGGUUACAGAUACCCAGGAUUUCAGAUGUAUUCACCAUCACAGGGGGCCUCAAAUUACCCACCAAAUAUGUACCCUGUUCAACCGGUUAACAUGGGCAGAGGCUACAAUAACCCGUCACCACAGCGAGAAUCUCAAUACGGAUCUCCAUUUUCAUCAUCAUCCUCAACACUGCAUCCUCCACCUGUUGCCCCAGCAUACCCCUCAUCCCCAAGUACCCCAGAGCGUCAGCCCCCACCCCCGAGUGCCCCAGAGCUCCAACCACCUCCCCCUUUCCAAUAUAACUUAUCCCCAAGUGCUCCUUCAUACAACCUGCUGCCUUCUGCACCAGGGAUGAACACAGACUUCCUGUCGCAAUCUGAUGAUGCUCCUCCGGCAUAUUCACUCCUUUUCCCAUCUUCUGCUAACGAGCCAUCAGAUUCAAAAUGAUAGAAUGCACGGUAAAUAGCUGAAUCAAUUUGUUUAAUAUUUGGUAAAAUACUAAUAUUUAGUCAGGAUUCCUAACUUUUUAAAGGGCAUUCAUGUAAGUUGCAAAAACUAAAGGAUUGUUUUUGGCAUUUUCACUCACCCAAAGGCUGAAUAAGUAGUAAAACAUACAGGUAUACCUCAGUGCUAUGGUAAACACCAUGAAGCUUUUAUGGUGCAACACUUUACAUUUUUUGAAAACAACCAAAACCAGAACCAACGGGAUUAAGUGUUUCAUCUGAAACAUGUUCACUUGUUCAUGCAUAUUUAUAUUUAUUUAUAACACUAACUACUAGUGCAUCAAAGCCAUUCAUUUGGAGUUUCCUUUAUGCUGUUGAACUGCUUAUGUGGAUGAAAUUGCCCAGAAAGUGGUUGCCAUUUUUUUUAAAGUGAUAGCCAUUGGCAACCUUGCAUCUGUUACUGUGGAGUAUUGUUAUUUUACAUGUGUGAAAUUUUGUCUUCAACACUACAGUAUUGUUAAAUUUUAAGUAACUUCGAAAGCCACUAUUUACAGUAUUAACAGCAACCAUGUGAAUUAUUCUGUGUAAACGUUGGCCUUUUAUAUCAUGUGACUGUUGUUUUUCUAGGUAGCUCAGGUUGCAUACUCCAGCUAAUAUCAUAAUUACCCAAACCUGUGUAACAGGUAUGAAGCUUUUUCAGUAUUUGUGCCUUGUUCAGUUCAAGUGUCCUAGGCUGAUAUUUUUUAUGGUUUCCUAUUUCUCUACCUCACUCUUCUGUUUUUGGUUUAUAUGACAGAAUCUGGACAAAAGGUGACCCACCAUAUCAGGAAAAAAUGUUUUAUCACUUAGUUUAUAUCACAGAGUUAAGUACUAUAAUUUCAUGUUUGUAGAGUCUUUUACAGUAUUUUGCAGACCAGGUUGUUCAAUUCACAAAUUUCCAGUUUUCUGUGAGUUGAUCAAAAUAAAGACAUGUCAGCCUUCAAA